AUGGAAGCGAAAGGAGAAUAUGGGAUAUAUAAUGAUGAAGUUAUGAAUUUUCAGGAAAAAUUUUUGUAUGAUGAUAAGUUAGAAUCAUUAGAUAAGUUAUCUCCAAACAUGUGUAUAAAAUCCCUUUUCGAUACAGCCAGUAUCACUUUAUAUCUCUCGAAGAGGGCAGUUGUAAUGCCAACACAACUAAACACUAAUAAAUUUAAAAACGCCACAAAGGAAUAUCCAGAUAAAUCCCUAUCGGGAAUGGAAAAAUAUGUACAUUAUAACUUUUCUUACAUAAUAAUUAAUUUGAAAUAUUAUGAUAUCAUCUUAAAAGAGUUAGAUGCAGACAAAAUAUAUAAAAAAUUGAACGAUAACAAGGAUAUCAAAAAAUAUUGUAGUGAUUGCAAUGAUGUGUUAUCAUUAGAAGAAACAUAUCCAGAGAUUAUAGUUUUGUGUAAAAAUUUAGCAAAAAAUUUAAGAAAAACCAUGUCCGAUGUUGAGGAUGAUGUCACUAAUGUCAGCGACCGUUGUCUAUAUUUUAUCCACUGGACAUAUGGUGAGCUAAAAAAAAAUAUUUUAUAUAAAUUCGAGAUAUAUUCAUAGAUGAACAAUGACUUAAUACUAAAAUAUAUCCUUGAUAAUUCUGCAUCGAUACAGAAGGUGUUUGAUUCUAAAGCAAAGCCAUCACAAGAAUUUAUUAAAAAUUUUAGAGCAAAUCAACAAAGUGAUAAAAAUACUCAAUUGUCACGCUUAAUAGUAGAAAAAUUAGUAUUAGACGAAUGCAUGGAAAUGAAAAAUUUGCAUGAUUACUUUAAGAAUUUCGACAGCAGAAAGACAAAAUAG